AUGCCGAGCGAUAACGCAAAAAAUAAAAGACAAAGGGGUAACAAGUACACAGAAGUUGGAAUUCGCGGAAGAGUUACCUCACCUUUAUCCAAUGAAUUAAUUGAAACCAGGAAAACAGGUAUAACAGUCAAAAAUGACGUAAGGAAAGAUAAUGAAGGGUUUGAUGACUUGGACGACUUUUUUCGAGGAGCUAAUAGGACUGAAGGGAAUAAUGACUUGGACGACAUUUUUCGAGACAAGCAACAGCAACGCAAAAAGAAAGUUUCUUUCAAUGGAGAUGGGAAGGAAGAACCAGAGAUUAAAAAUGAGCAGGGAUUGCGGAGAAGUACUCGCAGAAAAAUUAGGCCAUUGAAAUUUUGGAAAAACGAAAAAGUAGUUUAUGGACGAGCCGAAGAAGGAUCAAAAGUACCAGUGCCAAUCAUAAAAGAAAUUAUAACUAUUUCCGAUAACGAGGAGGUAAUUCGUCCUCCGCUGAGAAAACAUGCGACUUCUGAGAAACGCGCGACCACAGAAAAAAGAAAGUCGCUAGAAAUAGUGGAUUGGGAAACGGAUAGAACUGUUACUCGUCAAAUUAUUUUUGUGCCAUCAAUGUUCGAACCGAAUGAUCCCGGUUAUAGGUACAAGUUCCAAAAGACAUUUUCCGAUGGGCAGUUUUUUUCGAGUGGUCUUCUCGUGCUGCCGGAAGGAGUUGAAAAACCUGCGAAGAACGCUAAAGACAGCAGUAUGGUAUUUUAUGUAAUCAAAGGAAAGGUCACGGUCACUAUUCACAAAACCACUUUCCGAAUUGCUUCUGGUGGACAAUUCCUAAUUCCGAGAGGUAACCAAUAUCGCAUUGUUAAUGAAAACGAAAAUGAGGCAAAACUUUUCUUUUCGCAAGCUAGAGAAUGGACGAUAAAUAAACAGGAAUGA